AUGGUUGAUUUACACAGCCUCCCCAUCGGCUCAAGACCCUCCGCCGCUAUCCGCAAUAAUGGGCCAGACCGCCUUGUCCUGGAGCGGCUAAAGCUCAGAGAGCUCGCUGAGGGCUGGCCAUCAUACAGGCAAGGCGACAGCAUCACUAAUAGAAUCACAAAUGAUGACGAUUUUAUCACCGCUUCCAAGGCAGGUAUGGACAAGGGUGCCUUUAUAAUGCACCGAUGCCACGGCACGAGCACCGAUAUCAAUGCCGAGGGGACCCGAGCGGUAACCAAGCUCAAGGCGAUAAUUACCCAGCGCUUCGAGGUCGACGGCGCAGAGUUUGACGUUGAGGCCGACUGCCGCUUCUGUUUCUUCUUUGAGAAAGUAGGCUCCCGUUGGGGCGCCCAGCUCGUGCGGCACUGGUACGAGAAGGAUAAGAUGAUUCCGGCGAACCCGGCGAGAUUCCCGGCGGUAGACGAGGAGAGGUUAAAGGGGUACCCGCCUGGGUACAGGUAUCUUGCAUACUGGCAGGAGGCUACGAUGGGGGUCAAGGUGUUGUUGGACAUGCCGGGGCAUAGACGUCAUGUUGGGACGCCGAAUCUGGAGAAGCAUGAUUUGCUAUACAGGCAGGCGAAGCAGUGGCUGGAAGGGGAGCAAAUUGAGAUUUAG